UAAUAAUGACCGUGAUCGUGAUGAGACAAUAAUGAUAAAGAUGAUAUAUGACGAUGAUGAAGAUGAAAUUAAUAAAUCCAAAAUGACUCACAACGUACACAGAGUUAAAACGCAAAGAGCAUACAAACAAUAAAACCGUAUCUAUUUCGAGUUAACAAAACGAGCAAGUAACAAACAUGGCUUCUGACCGGCACGCGACUCCAGUUAUAAAUCACAACAUAUUUAUUUGUAUUGUCGUCUCACUCUUAUUACCGAUGGUGAACAAUGGUGCAGCAGAGACGGCGUAUCACGCGCGAAGUUUCCCGAAUGAUGGAAAGAGAUUGACCAGAGAGUAUCAUUUGAGACAAGGGGCGUUGAGGGGGUUAAUUGUAAAGCCUGGACCUCACUACAAUUUGCAACCUGUUGAAAUUUUCCUUGGAAUACCGUAUGCUGCACCACCGGUUGGAAGUUUUAGAUUCAUGCCGCCAACAAGCGCCCCGCCAUGGCCGGGUGUAAAGAUUGCCGACAAAUUUGCACCAGUAUGUCCGCAGUCAUUGCCCCCCAUCAAAAAGGGCAACCCCCCCGCGCCAGGAAGAAAGUCCUACAUGGAUAGACUGAAGCCAUUCCUAACUAAUGAGUCGGAGGAUUGCCUGUACCUGAACAUCUAUGUUCCUUUUAAAGUUAAAAUGCGUGAUGCAUCAAAGAAAAUGCCGGUACUCGUGUUCAUACACGGAGACUCCUUCGAAUGGGGCUCAGGCAACCCCUACGAUGGAAGCAUACUUGCUUCUUACGGCAACGUGAUAGUCAUCACUGUCAAUUUCAGACUUGGAAUACUUGGUUUCCUAAAACCAAGCCUCACCGAUCACGCAUACGGUAACAACGGUCUACUUGACCAAUUAGCAGCCUUGCAGUGGAUCAAGGAGAACAUUGAAGACCUGGGUGGGGAUUCCACGUCAGUGACCAUCAUGGGCCACGGGAGAGGAGCGGCGUGCGCUAGUUACCUGAUGUUGUCUCCAAUUUCUGAUGGUUUAUUUCAUCGAGCUAUACUAAUGUCGGGUUCAGCUCUAUCCGACUGGGCGAUGACCAAAGACCCAGGAAGGUAUACCUUCCAAGCUGCACAGAGUUUGGGAUGUAAUCCGAACUCAAAAAACAUGAUGGCAUGUUUACAGACUAAACCAUUGUCGGAAAUCAAAAAAGUCCAGAUACUAGCCAGGCAGUUCGAAGUUCCGCUGGGCCCUAUUGUGGCUGGAUCAUUUAUACCCAGUGAACCAGCGGAGACCAUGGUCUCUUACCCCAAUUUGCUAAGCAAAUACCAACUUUUGAGUGGAGUAGCAGAAGUGGAAAGUUACCACGAUUUUGGUGCCAUCGAGUUAGAACAUGGCAUACUUGAGAACGAAAGAGAUGAAUUCAUAUCGAAAUAUGCUGAAAUUGUGAUGGGUGCUGAUGGCAGAGAGCUUGUUAAAGACAUUUUGAAACAGUACUCCCCAACAAAACUUGAUCCUCAAAGAUGGGGAGUUGAUGUGAACCGUGACGUCAUAUUAAACAUAUUCAGCGACGCCAGAACUCUAUCACCAGUCAUCAGUUUGUCUAAUUAUCAGUCUAAAGCCAACAGACAGUCAUAUUUCUACGUGUUUGGACACAAUUCUGUUAGCACUGAAUAUGCUGCUUUGAACAAGAGUGUCAACGGUGAGGAAUUACCCUACGUCUUUGGGAUUCCCCUAGGCGGGGCUACUUCUCACUUCCACACUGAAUACACUCCGAAAGAGAAACUACUGAGCGAGGUCAUGAUGAGACUUUGGACUAAUUUUGUUAAGAUUGGGACACCAAACACACAAAGCGUUAACAAAUAUUACACUUUGGAUACAAAAACCUGGCAUCAGUACAACGUGGAGUGGCCAGAGUAUAAUGUCAGCCAUCAGUCAUAUUUGAGAAUAGAUAUACCUCCUUACAUAAGCAGCUUGUAUCGUUCAAAUUAUACAAACUUUUGGCUCGAAACGUUGCCCAAGAAGACGAGACGGAUCUACUUCGACCCUUCGUUUGAACCUCCACCAUCUAAGCCUAAACCAACACGUCGCGACCCAGAUCCUAUCCAAAAGAUAAUCUAUUCACGAGAGCACCACCCAGCCCCCGCUGUUUCACCGUCAAUAUCCUACGGCAGAGUUCGUCCGUACUCGCCACCGGAACCCCGACCAGACCCAGAUAUUAGAUUUAAGGAAAUACUCUCCAUAAAAACACCAUCACGCCCCGUCCCUCCCAAUCUAAUGGGAAAACUUCAUACAAGUACAACCACUAAACCAUCUGCGAUUAUACCAGUCAAAACUUCGAGUGCGACAAUGACCCUUAUCAUAUCACUUGGAGUACUUUUUCUAGCUGUAAAUUUUGGAAUAUGCGGUAUAUUGUACAUUAAGAAACGCAGAUUACGUCUCAGGGAAAGAUCCAUUGAGCAACCUCGACCGCCUCGAGCUGAGAUUGGGGAAGUGGAUGUAAUCGGUCAAAAGAGCUCCAAAGACGAUAAAAGUGCUUUGCAGACGUUCAAAAACGGCUGCAGUGUUAUAAAAUCUAUGAGCAUUACUAAAAUAGGGAAAAACAGCAAGAAAAGUAAAAAGAAAACUGAAGUUUGUAAAACACCAAAAUCAGACGAUUCCGGCGGUUUCCGAGAGAGAUUUCAGUUAAGACGACAUUUAUCUACCAGCACUUUGGAUGCGCAUACCAAAGUGAGAGAUUGGAUAGCUAAUGAAGUUAUGCAUAGAUGUUCUCCAGGAAUAUUAAGAAAGUCAAACUCUGACUUAAAUAAUGAUAAGCAUUUAACUGUAGUUAAGCCGUUCACAAGAUCUGAAGAACUGCUUUCAGAAUCGAAACGUUCUAAUAAAGAUAUUGUAAAAGUAGAUGAUAAAACAAAACAUAAAACAAUUGAUUCCAGAAAGUCCGACGGUACAAAAACUAGAACAUCAGAAAAAACUACGUCAACAUCAGCACUCGGUUCCCACUCUUCAAUAGGAAGUAACAAAAAUUCAAUAACAAGUCUUAAAGGUGCAAAACAUUCUACUGACUCUUUAAAGAGCAAAGGAACUGAAAGUAUUAAAUCCAGAAAAGUAUCAGUAGCUAUUGAUGCCACGCCGGCUGCUAGAACUAAUUCAAUCCUUAGGCAAGAACCAAUAGAAAUAACGAAAUCAUUUGAUUAUCCUGAUCAAAGACAUUCCAAAUGUGACAAUAAAUUACAAAGAUCAAAAACUGAUCACGAUAUUAAAAUUGAUAAAGAAAUAAGUACAGAUGAAAUAGAAGGUAAAACGUAUACCAAUGUUAUUACACUUUGUGUACAACAAGAUAAACCGCUAAGAAUAUCACAUAAGCAUUCCACUUCUGAUCCAGUUACAGAUGUUAACUAUGAUAAGUUGAUCAAAGAAAAAAUCGAAAGCCAAGCUAUAGAUAUACUGCCUCCAGUUAUAUUUAGAAAUGAUAUUAACGUAACAUCUCGGGACGAAAUAGUGCAAGCUGGGCCCUUGACAGCAGCCGAAGCUUUGCUUACUAUCCAACGAAGAAAUUUUCCAAAAGUUUUGCCAGAUUUGCCAAAGGCACAGAAACGUCUUUCUUUGCAGCCAAAUACAUUGCAAACUUUUAGAGGAUUCGGAAUUAUAGAAAAUCAAUCGGAACGGCCUAAAGUACCACCUCAACCUCCACCACGAACGACAACCUUAGAAAGAAGACUGGCCUAUAAAAAUACAAAACCAUUGUCUUCAUUCGAUUCCUCAAAUAUAAAACAAAUUGCAGAAUCUGAAACAUUCAAUAAAAACUACGAAAAUAUCAAUACAUUAUCUCCUCCUGAGGAAAUGUAUAAUAAGUCCAAGUCAAUUGACAAAAUGGAGUAUUUCGACAAAUGUGACUCAAUUAAUAUUCAAAAAGACAGAGACUAUCCGAAUGUCAUUAUUGCAUCUAGUAACAUUCCAACAUCAGAUCCAAAAAUUAUCAUAAAGCCAUCACCGAGUAAAAUAGACAUACCAACGAAUAUACCACGAGUAAGGUUGCCUGAUGACUUUCAUUCUCAAACUGGUUCCGUUACAUCUUUCUCUUCAUUUUGUUCUGAAGAUGAUGAUGAUUUAGAAGAUGGAUUUUUGGACGACAUCGCUGAAGAUAUGCUUUUAAAAGAAUUAGUUGGAGGAGUAGAAUCACCCACAGAUAUGACUCAUAUUCUGGACACAAAAGGACCUGACUCAAUAUUUGAGAAGAAAUUAGAAAUUAUACCAGUGAGAGUAAAUCCUGGACACAUUGUACCUAAAAAUAAAGAUGACUACGUUUGUGUAACAGAUUUGCAUUUACCAGAUGUUACAGAUUUAGAGAAAACUGCCCAGAUUAAGCCCAAUUUUGGACUAAAUAAAUUGCAACAUCGAACUGAAAGUAUUCACAGACCACCAGAAAAGGCUGUAAAAGUGAAACAGAAAAGGUCAAUAAAACCUGGUUCAAUUUUAAGUAGGAGCAAUAGAAGUAGCAAAAGAAGUAGUGAUAGAAGUAAGAGUAGUUCAAGUACAUUAGAAUAUUCAAACUCGGGAUCAUCCAAUGAUACAGAAACUAGUACAGGCACAGUUAGAAAAGUGGAAGUAAAGUAAGACUGUAGGAAAAUAAUUUUAGUAAUAAGAUUGUCAAGUUCAUUUAUAGUAAAUAUAUAUUUUUUAUAAAGUUAUCACUGAUCAAAAAUGU